AUGGGGCAGUGUGUAUCGAGCAGCAAUGCUGGCGCAGGCAGCAGCGAUGCCGAAAGGCCUGACGCUCGCUGUCAAACUCCCGGCUGCCAGAGAGUCUGCGAUCCAGGGUCCAAAUCACGAUACUGCGCUCAACAUGCCGUUUGUAGACGGCAGGGAUGCGUGAGGCCUCGAUACCGCAAGGGCCCAUAUUGUCAGGAACACAUGUGCCGCUCCGGCCCCUCGACAACGUAUGAGUUCACUCUGACUCCAGGACCAGAUACGUGUCGAGUCUCCAGAUGUCCCAAUAAUCAAGCCAAACUUCACGAUGCGCGAUUUACCAAUCAUUUAUGCUGGGACCACCAACCCCCGGAAGUCCAAGAUGCGUACCUGCUCGGAUACCUGUUUGGCGAGGAAGAUAUCCAUGUGGCAAACGCAAACGAGCCUCAGCAACAACAGCAACAACGCAGCAGGCGCAAGCGUUCUCGCCAGAAGCCAAAGUCCGCACCGGCCGCGACGCAACCUACAAUCGUAGCCGAGCCUCGAGACCAGGUAUCCGAAGAUCCCUCGUCAAGUUCAGACGACGUCGAUAUUAUAGUCGCAGCUCAUCAGCUGUCUACCAUAGGGGAGGAACCGGAAAGAGAAGACGCCAUGCGCUCGACGCAGAAAUCUCGACAGGAGAAACCAGGAACAGCGCCAGGAACAGCGCCGGGAACACCGACGGCUCGUCGCAGUCAGAAGACGGUUCACUUCGCAGAUCCUGCCCCUCGAGCCUCCAUAGCCGCUGAGAAACCAUUCGUCGAGACGACCGCGGAUACCUGGGUUGCCGAGCCCCUUUCCUCGUCCGCGACAGCUCGUCUUCGAACCUCCCACCACCGGCGGAGCCUGGACGGACGGCCCGGAUAUCGGUCUUCGCCAAAGACGUCUGGCAGUCUCGCCGCUCCGGCUGCGAACAACCGUGAGAGGCGUCAUAGCACCGGCAGUGCCCCAAAGUCUGCCGACGUGAAGCGGGCAACGAGAACGAGGGCCAGCCGCUGA